UCCACCUACUUCCCCUUCCUCAGAAACGGUGGCAUUCCUUCCUCUCUACCUUCCCUCAGAAUCUCAAACAGUUGUCCCGUUACCCCACCUAUCUCGUCUCCAACUUCCAAGAAUCCUAAACCGUUGCCCAACUGGGACUCUAUUGCUCAGCAGUCCAUGGCUAUUGCUAAACAAUCCAUGGCGUCUUUUAACUAUCCUUUCUAUGCGGUUUCUGCACCUGCUAGUCCGACGCAUCGCCAGUUUCAUACCCCGGCUACUAUACCUGAAUGUGAUGAGUCUGACUCUUCCACUGUUGAUUCUGGUCAUUGGAUAAGCUUUCAGAAGUUUGCUCAACAGCAACAGCAGCCUAUGUUCUCUGCCUCUAUGGUCCCAACUUCUCCUACUUUCAAUCUUGUGAAACCCGCUCCUCCGCAGAUGUUUCCAAAUGCUGCUGCGUUCCAAGAGAUUGGUCAAAGCUCUGAAUUUAAAUUUGAGAAUAGCCAAGUUAAGCCGUGGGAAGGAGAGAGGAUACAUGAUGUUGGUAUGGAGGAUCUUGAGCUUACACUUGGAAAUGGCAAGGCUCGUGGUUGACAAUAUGAACAAACUAGGCAAAAUACUCAUAUUGUUUCUUCUUCCAGGUAUUUGGAUCUUUAUGGGAAUCUCAUAUGUUCCUCACUUACUAUCCAAAUAUGCUGCUCACAGCCUUCUCCAUGGAAGAAGCAUUGGAGUGUUAGAGUGGUUUGUUUUGUUCAAAUCAUGAAUUUGGUUUCAAAAGCAUUAUUUGUAGAUAAAAUAUCUUAAUAUAUGUAUGAUUCUGUCCCCUUACAAAUGUCACAUGAAUUAGUGGCUUGAACCUGUUUUGUGUCCUGUCAAAUUGCUUAGUCUCA